GUGUGUGUGUGUGUGUGUUAUAUAUGUAUAUCAGUUUUCUCCUUUUUAUUUUGAUAGACAUGUGAUAUCUUAUGUGGGUAUAUGUUGUUUUUGAAUGUUGAAGUGUAUCCAAAGGUGAAAGUGAAAGAAGAAGAUGAAGAUGACCCUUUUAAUCUGCAUGAUGGUGCCAACUCCCUGCCGGAAUCGAAAAUCUUCGAGUCACCUCCAUGUACACUUGGUUCUCAUGUCGAAGAAGAUAAUCAAAAUCAAUCCCCGCCAUCAGUUGCCAAAAUUCCGGAAACUUCUGUCCCAAAGUCAAAAAUGACAUUCAAGCCACCAUCUAAAGGGCCAGGGAAAAUUAGCAAACAUACAAAGGUGGUCCAAGAGGAUAUCAAACCGAAAGUCAGAGAUAGUUCAGUUCUACGUCCUCGUGCUGUCUUAUCUAGUCCAGACAAUGAUGAGAUGAUUGGAAACAAGAACAAGUUAAUUAGCAGAAGAGUUUCGGCCUUGAAAAGGACAACUUUGGACCGGUUUUCUCCUGCUGGAGCUCGGGUUAAACCUCGGCCGCUCAAAGUAGGAAGUCCUCUGAACAUGAAAACAGGCUCAAUGGAAGUUUUUGAGGAUAAGAGUGGCCGGACCGACCAGAACCAAAUAAGCACUCUUAAUUUAGCAGUUUCAAGGGAGAAGGGAUGCCUUAAAAAAGAAAAAUCAAGCUCCAAUGAAGUUUAAUCCCGGAUUGCUCUUCUUCACCGUCUUAAUGUAAAUCUGGCAUAUUUAAACAUUUCUCAUUCCCUUUUAUUACUCGGAUAUAUGCUUCUUUUGAUCUUAACUAAAAAAGGGUCAUGGCCUCUGAUGUCAAUGUUGCAUGAGAUCUUGAUUUGUGAUUUAAUACAGAAAAAUGAAGACAAAAUCUAUAUCUUUUUUAUUUAUAGCAUUAAGUGG